GUACUUUUACAAAACAGCGCACAUUAUUAUGUUAAUUAAUAUGUAUAAUUAUUUACUUAUGUUCUACUAAGUAUUCAGAAACGAUAUAGAAAUAAAGAUUUAUGCACAUUUAUGACAAAUUAUUGUAUAUAUAAUUAUAUUGAAAAUGAGCUCACAAGAUACAACUGACCAUGUGUCAGCAGUUAAUUCACCUAACAUAUCUUCAAGAACAAAAAAUUGGGUCCAAUUUGAAGAUGAAGCACCUGUUAAAGAUAAUAAUAGUUUAGAAGAGAAAACUAAAACAAAUGCACCAGCUGUAAUAAAGCCGGAGUCAGUAACAGUAAAUGUUGAGAAAAUUGGAAAAUCUGUUGAUAAUUCAGAUAAUCAACAAUCAAAAAAUCAUGAAUAUAGAGGUGCUGUGAUAUCAACUGAAUCCGUCCAAAUUAAUUUAGAUAGGUCAGGUUUAAGUCGUUCCAUUACAUCUGAAAGUCCAGAUCUGAAUUUACCAUCUGAUGUAAGAGUUUCUGAUCCUAAGAGUGCUUCUCUGAAGACCAUUGAUCUCCGAGAUGUAUCUAAUGGCAGAAGUACUACUAAUAAUAUUAUAAGUACACCUAUUGGAAACAUUAGACAAGGUUUUGCUAAUGGGGAUACUAUAGUUACUCUUUUACCAGUUAAUACUAGAUGGCCAUGGAUUACUCCAGCUAAAUUUCGUCCAGAAUUAGUACCAGAAGAAUUAAUGGCUCAAGGUUUAACGCUUACAGUAGAGGAUUACGUACAUAUAAUGGAGUUGCUUGUGAACGAUGUACGUUUCAAUAUGUACAAUGUGUGCUACAAGAGAAUUCUUGUGCUUUGGAUAUUUACUGCAUUUAUUGUAUUACUUGGCUUAUUGUUUUCUGGAGUAACUGGUCUUACUUUAUUUGGGCUUGGCGUCAUGUGGUUAGUCCUCAAUGCUGCUGCAAUAUUUUUUUGCAUGUUCAUCAAGAUAAAAUUAAACCACAAUCUUGAGAAAUGUAUGGGUCAAGUGAACAAACAUUUACUUCGACAUAAAAUAUUGCUUGGAUUGGAUGAUAGAGGAAAAAUUUCAUGUCACAAAGUUAAUCUCUGCUUUAUAUACUUUGAUACUACAGAUUGCAUCAAAAAAUUACAAGAAGUUAUAGAACGUGAAGAACGCGAAGGAAGAGUAAUUGGCGAAGAUGGAAAUUCUGAAAUGCGACGAAAAAGAGAAUUGCAACAGCGAAUGGAUAUAGAUAACAGUGAUAUUGUAAUACAAGGCAAUACAACCACCAGAAUUUCUCGCAAGCAGGGUAAAAGCGAACAAGUAUUCUGCCGCUAUGUACAACGUUGGGCAAAGGAUUAUUUACGUCGCCGAUUGGAUUGGACAGUAGACGAAGAAGGUGGAAAUCCUUCUUCACCUCGUCACUUAGCAUCGGCUUUAUGUCCGUGUCAAUAUAUAGAAGAAUGGUUACGCAACAAGCCUCAUGUUCAAGGCAGAGAUUUCUGUCCUAGCUGGAGUAGUUUUCUUAAAGAUAGAGGCAUUUAAAGCAAAACUGUUUGAUAGAUAUAAAAAUUAAAAACAGUAUUGUUCAAAACAAUUUUAAUAGAUUUAAUAAUUAUUUUGAACUUAUUGAAAUUAAUUUUAAUAUCACCAUUACAAUGGUUUUUAGCAAGACAUCUACAUUAAAUAAAAGAUAUUUUAAAAGUCAAAGAAUUCAAAUAGAUCUAUAGCUAUAUUAAAGUGUAAUAGCUAUAUUAAAAAUAGACAAAUCAAAAUUUAUAUUGAUGAAUGACAACUAGAGAAACUAACUUAUACGAAAUAUGAAAACUACUCAUAAUUAUGUACUUAACUAUACAAGAUUUUUACUUGUAACAAUAUUAAUUACAAUUAAGUUUACAUAUGAUAUUAAUAAGUGAAAUAUUUUUCUAGAAUUAUUUUUUGGUGAUUUGGAUUUUUAAUGAUACACUUGGUAUUGUUUUUCUUGAUUAUAUUUUUUGUUGACUAAUAUGAUAUUAAAUAUGAUAUUACUAUUAAAUUUUAUAUUUGUAUAAAACUUGUACAAUUACACGUAUAUGUGUAUGUACUACAAGCUUUAUUUUUAAUGUUUUAUAUAAUUGUACAUAGUAUGUAAAUUAAAAUAAUUCAGAAUUGCAAGCUUAAUAUACAUGUAUGUAGGAAAUAUUUCUGUAAAAUGGUAAAUGGUAAAAAUUUUCUUAAAAUAUAAUACAAUCUGGGAUGCAUUUAUGUUUGAUAAUGUUACCGCUUAUGCAUAACAGAUUUUUCAAUUUCAUCGACUGACUAUUGAUGUUUAAGAAACGGAUUUACAUUAUUACUAUUAUUUUGACUCUAGGUUUCUGAAUGAUGAUGGUAUGUGUUGACAGGAACGGGCGGAGUUGCUGUUGCUGAGGUAUGCAUCUCGAUGGGCACAUCACUUUGUGCGCCGCAGACUUGAUCUGGUUAUAGACUCACAGGAACGUAAUAGAGACAUCGCAGGUUUAUCUGUUCCACCACGACAUUGUGUCU